AUGAUGAUACGCACCGACAGGAAUCGGGGUCUCACUCCUAAAAGACCCCAGAGGACGCCAGGCCCGUCGAUGCCCCAUCCCGCUCCUCCACGGGCACUCGUCGAGGCCGUUCGCGCCAGGUACCCGCUUUGGCAGAACCUCAGUCUUGAUAACGUGGCGCAGGCGAGACAGCAUCCGCUUCCCUGGCUGCUAAAGACCAUCGAGGAGAUGUACGACUCGAGAUACGCACACGAUUGCGCGGAACUGGAAUUCAUCGCGGGCGGGGACCCGGAUGAUGCCGACGAGCUGAUCGGCGCACACCCGUUCCCGGAGUACGUGCAAGGCUACUGCGGCAGGCAAUACGGCGUCAAGGCUCUCGCCGAAAAGGCGGCGUGGGAGGUGAUGUGCAACGCCGAGGCGGCGAGGAGCGCGGGUUUACACACCUCCGUCGAUCUGUUUUGCGCCUUUUGCAAUCGAGGUUACGACGACGAGGAGCUCAUGUUCUUCCUCUACUGCCGCCAGACGCUGCUUCAGGAAUGCUCUCGCGCGCUGCCUCAGACGAAUCACAUGGCGCCGAAGGGCGCGGACAAGCGCUUCGUCGCCGGUGUUCCCGUUCCCCCGAUGUGCCCGGCGAUCGAGCUGACGGAGACUAGGGCCAAGAACAUCACGCGCUCGGUGUUUGGCAAGAACGGUGGCGGUGUCCUCUACCAGGCUGUGCGCCAGCUCAUCACCGACUACUUUCGCGAGCGACGGGACGCGAUCGAGUCCGAGGCGUCGAGCGAACCGUACGCCGAGAAGCCCAAGGCUACGAUGGAGGCGUACUACUACCUCAAGCUCAUGCUGAGCGCGUACAGGGACACCCGCCCGGACAACGCCAUCGACGACGGCGAGUUCUCUUACGACGACGACGAAGAAUACGAGGAGGAGGCGGUGUACAGGGCGUCUUUCGACGCGUCGCCGCAAGGCGUGAGCAAGGCCAAGGACUGGAGCGAGGGCAACGGACGCGGCCAGGGAGGAGCGGCCGGGGACAGCACCGCGACUCCGGCCUCGUUUGUCACGGCGCAGCAGAAGAUGGAAGGGGGCACGCGGGGUCACACCGCGACACCCGCGAAUGAGUCGGCGAAUGAGGCGGUUCCAGACUCGGAGUCACCAGCCGCGAAUGAGUCGGCGGCGGUUCAGUCAACUACCAAGGCGAUGGCGCGAUCGUCCAUCGGGAAGUCGCAUCAUAAAUCCACCGAUCCCAAGGGCGAGUCGGUGAGAGUGGUGCGACGGGCGAUCACCGAGAGCUGCGGCAAGUACUGCGACGUGCUCCUGCAGGUGGCGCAGGACCUGCCACCCCCGGUUCUCGCAGAGCUGAAGCGGAAGGCUGUGACGGCGCUGGAUGGACACUCGCAGGAACUGUUCAGCGGCGCGCUCGCCGCCGCGUUCGGGGCGGACAGUGGGAACGGCGCGGGACCGGGCGGAGCGGGAAGGAUCGCGCAAUCCGAGCCCGACGUCGUCGCCGCGGUGUCAAAGUCUGUCACCGCGCUGCUUCGAAAGGCUCAGAACGGCGCCGACCCGGCGGAGAGUGGCGCCGCGGAGGCGAGGGAGGUUGCGAGGCUGGUGCUGGCGAGCAGGACGAUUCGGUCGCACGUCGAGCCGCUUCUCACGAGGUUGUUGUCGGAAUUGGACGACGACGAGACGUCCGGGAUUGUGGAAUGAGCGAACACGACGUGUUGUUAGCUACGUUCUUCUACGUAUUUUCUAAGGGUUAGCACUAGUCUUACGUCU